UCAGCUCUCCCGGUCUCGCGUCGUUACCCCUGCGUGAAGCGGUGAGUCGCGCGCGGGCCGGCGAUUCACCCUGGGGGUCUCCGCCGCUGAACCAUCCUGAAAGACUGACAGGCGGAAACUGGGACUGGAGUGUGAACAUCUGAGGGGCUCUCCAGUGGGGCUUGGAGAGGAAUGUCUCAAAUGACUUUUCUUGAAAGCUGAGGGUGGCAUCUUCUGAUCAAUCAUGUCAUCAAUUGCUAGAAAUAUGAGAACUCUCCAGAAGAUCAAGUACCGUGUAGUAGUUACCAUGCACAGGCCCCAUAGAGCCCUGGCCUUUGAGAAUGCCCUAUUCACCAACCCAAAAGAAGGUCCCAUGUGACAAAGUUUGGAUUAGACAUUACAAAUGGCUUCCAAUGGACUACUUGCCAGACUUUGUCAUGGGAACCAUCUGACGAGCAGAACAAAGUGCAAGUGCAUAAGCAACUUCCAAUGAGAACCUCUGUAUGGGCUUGGCCCAGGUAUCUUGAAACCCUGGGAAGACCUAAAUAUAAACAAAAUUUUGCAAAGGAGAAGGGAAUCAUGAACAAAUCACCUUUCUAUAAGACACCACAAACGAUGACUGGAGAUCUGAAUUGGAAAUGCCACUGCAGCCUUGUGACCCAAGGCUCUGGAAUGGAUGAGCCUUCCUACUCACUCCCUCCUGCACACACCGCGUCUCCAUGGAAACAGCUUGUCAGGCCCUGUUUGGCUGCAGGUCAAUGGCAGGCUUUCCAUCCUGGGUUUCUGCUUCAACCUGAACUCAUCAUCUCCUUCCAGCAAGCCUUCUGCUCCCAUCAUCUCUCCCCACCCACCAAAGGUGAAAGUCAUUGUGAGCUCUACAGGCCCCACCUGUGGCUAAUCACCAAGGUCGGUAACUACUUUGGUAUCACUCAACCUCAUCUUUCUUGCAUCCCUAUUGCCUCUGCUAUAGUUCAGGCCCACAUUAUUUUCUUCUUCAAUUACUGCAAGAUCCUCCAACCUGGUCCUCCUACUUCUAUACUUGCUUUCCUUACAUCCAAUCUCCAUAUUACAACCAGUGAGAAAACUUCCUAAAAAAACAGAUCUGACACGUCCUUCUCCCACAGAAAGUCAGUGGUUCCCAUUGCCCUCAGGAUAGAACUCAGACCCUCUUACAUACAUACAAGAUUACAUCUUUAAUCUGACCCCUGCUCACCUCUCCAGGAUCAUCUCUUGCCCCUUCCCCUGCAUCUUCUGAUCUUGGCCACACCAAACCACUUACCUUCUCCAAUGAACCACCUGUUCUCUCUUGCCUCUGUGACUUUGCACUGUUGCCUCCUUCACCUGGAGUGUACAUUCUCCAUGCCCCCCCUCCAUAAACCUUUCACAUUCUUGGGGAAGCUUUUCCAACUGUCAAAUCUAAGUGCCUCUUCUAUGUUCUUUUAGAGCUCCUAUGUUUACUCCCUUUCUGCUGAACUGUCAACUCCCUGAGGGCAAGGAAUAUGCCAACCUCUAGUUCAGUGCCUAAUAUAUUCACUCAAAUGUCUGUUGUAUAUGUGAAAGAAUAAAGAC